CAAAGCCCCAUUUGCCAAUAUCCAUUUCCAGCUUAGGCUUCAGCUGCCGCAGCUCCGCCGCCGUGGUAACUCAUCAAACCGCUCAGCUCCUCCAUCAGACACUCGGUCAGGACGCCAGCACCGUCCAUGCUGCCACUGACGCUCUGGAUGCCCUCUCCACUUCUCUUCCCGACUUCCCCUUCUGCCUAGUCUCCAUCACCACCACCACCACAACCGCCACCGGAGGCGAAAACCACGGUCUAAAGUUAGCUGCAGCUACUUAUCUUAAGAACUUCGUCCAACGAAAUUGCGACACCAAUCAUUCUCCAAACUCAACAGCUAGUAAAGAAUUCAAAGAUGCCCUCAUGCGUGCUCUGCUCGGUUCUCAAGCUCUUGAUCCAAGCAUUUCGACCCAUUGUUGCUGUUGAGUUUGUCAAGAAUGAUUCCUGGCCUCAACUUGUCCCUGAGCUGCGAGAAGUAAUACAGGACAGUGAUUUGGUUACCAGAAAUGCGGGUUCCCAGUGGAAGACUGUUCAUGCGCUCACUGUUUUCCAUUCAAUCAUUAGACCGUUCCAGUACUUUCUCAAUCCAAAACUUCCAAAGGAACCAGUUCCACCGCAGUUAGAACUAAUUGCUCAGGAGAUUCUGGUACCUAUACUGGCUCUAUUUCAUCAACUGGUUGAAAAGGUCAGAUCGCAUUUGCCUUCUGCUUUGGCUUCUGCACUUCCUUUUCUUUGUACGGACCUACUUGCCAUUCUCAAUUGUUUGAGCUUUGAUGUUCGAGAAAGCUGCAUGGACAGGCACUUUUGAAGGCUAAAGACAGUGAAGAGAAGUUUGAACAUCUUCUGUGUAUUGGUCACUCGACAUCGGAAGUUCUCCGACAAGUAACGAAACAAGAAUUAGUUCAUUUUGAUAAAUACAAGAAAACAUUGCCUCUUCAUUUGUCUUUUGCACUUGCAGACUGAUUCCAGAUAUCAUCAAUUCAGUCCUAAAAAUAGUCAAGCAUGGUGCUGUUAGUAGUGUGAGUGCCAAGCUCUUAUU